AUGGAUGGCCAAAAAGUUUGUUGUGGAUUUGAUAAAAAAAUAAAUGGUUAUUUGCCUGAUGGAAAAAAAGAAGAUUCUAGUCUUCGAAAAAGGCCAAAAGGGAGUAAAUUAAUUUGUAAAAAUGCAAUAACAAUUCCAAUUUCAAAUGGAAAUAUUGUCCCAAAAUGCCCACCAAAACUUUUUUAUGAUUCAAAUAAAGAUAAAUGUUGUAGAUAUCAAAAAAAUAAAAAUAAAUUAAGAAAAGAUUAUUCAAAAUGUAAAGAUUUAUCAGCCCCAGGAAAACCUUCAGAUUGUCCAGCAAAUAAACAUAGAUGUAAUGAAACUAUUUGGUAUAAAUUAAUGACUAAACAAUGCCCUAAAACUUGUGACAGAUGUGAAGAAUAUAUUAAAUUAAAUGUAUCUCGAGAUGUUGGAGGUAAAGGAAAGAAAAGAUUUUUUGGGGGAAAAUUAUUUUUUAAAGUUUGUCGAGACGGAAUUGGCCCAAAUGGAGUAAGUGAAUGCCCACAAAAUAAACAUCGUUGUGAAGAUAAAAUUUGGAAAGAUUUUAUGAAAAAAGAAUGUCGUGAAACAUGUGGAUAUUGUGGAAAAAGUUUAAAAAAGAAAGGAAAAAAAAGAAGAAGGAAAAGUAAUAAAAACACAACAACUACUACAACAAUAAUUACAACAACAACAUAA